CAAAAUAUAAUUUGGAUGUUGUUUCCUGUUUGCUAGCCCAUAAAAUUAUAUAUUUGAAAUUCAAGGCCUUUUUGACGAGUAGACGAAUACUUAAUAUAAUUCGUCUACUGAAACAAACAAAAUACCUACUACCAGACGGCGCUGCGCCUCGAAAACGGGCUCGAUAGUUAGUUUACCAUCGCAUUCACGUGGCUCUGCUUCGGCAGUUUCCUCGGCAACGGUUGCGGGUUAAAGUGGGACUCGCAAUGCGCAGCCGCCACCGCUAGGGCGGCGCGCAGGGCGCCUGCCGCCCGCCCAGCUAGUCGCGGCGAAACCUGCCGCCCGCGCGAACGAUGCGCCACGCCGCGUCCCGCGAUCGAUAACCAAAUAACCUAAACAAAUAAAAAGGAACACCAUUCCAACACAAAAAUAAGAACAAAAUCCCUAUAACCACGUCGUGCACCGAACGUUCCAAAUUCCGUUGAAGACUGAGAAAUGUGCGCCAUUGCAAUACGUUGUGUUCGUGAAGUGAUAAGUGUGUAGUAAAUGUGAAAGGAGCAUAAUGACGUCACUGAAGCAUGGAGUCAAUUUGAGCAGGAGAGCGUGCAGGCGGGCCCUUGCACUGGUCAUCCUCGCACUGCUUAAUAUCGCACAAGCUAACCCUAUUGACAGCACCACGAAACAGAGUCCGUCCAUAACAGUCGAUGGGAGCUCCACGUACCCGGGGCUCGGCUUCGGGCCCAUGGGUCCCGUGGCCCCGCUUCCCGACGAGCCCCUGGGUACCCAGAUGCGGCAGAACCAGGAGACAACCACCGACGCAGACCUACAGGCGACCGCCAAGACAAAGAAGGAGAGGACCUUCGUCAUCGCCGCCUUCGAGUUCCAUAGAGUGGAGACCCCUUUCCUGAUAGGCCUUUGGAUAUUUUUCGCCAGCCUCGCGAAAAUAGGAUUCCACAUGGCGCCAAAAUUAUCGAGGAUGUUUCCGGAGUCGUGUCUGCUGAUAUUUGUCGGAGUGCUGAUUGGGGCGCUCCUCCUAAGUACACACAGUGUACACGUGCAGCCGCUGACACCGGACACGUUCUUCUUGUACAUGCUGCCGCCAAUUAUCCUAGAUGCGGGCUACUUCAUGCCAAAUAGACUGUUCUUCGAUCAUUUAGGAACCAUUUUAUUAUUUGCAGUCGUCGGGACCGUCUUCAAUACUUUGACUAUUGGAGCAUCAUUAUGGGCGUGUGGUCAAACGGGGAUGUUUGGCUGCAACACGCCCCUGUUAGACAUGCUUCUAUUUGGUGCAUUGAUAUCUGCCGUCGACCCCGUAGCUGUGCUGGCAGUAUUUGAAGAGAUCCACGUAGACGAAAUUCUGUACAUUGUAGUAUUUGGGGAGUCACUCCUGAAUGACGCUGUGACUGUUGUUCUGUAUCACAUGUUUGAAGCUUACACAGAAAUGGGCCCAUCUCGGCUUGUCUACACGGACAUCCUGGCCGGGCUAGCUUCAUUCCUAGUGGUGGCAGUAGGCGGCACCUUCAUCGGCUGCGUAUGGGGCUUCGCCACAGGCCUCGUGACCAGGUUUACGCACGAGGUCCGCGUUAUCGAACCGAUCUUCAUCUUCGUCAUGGCAUACCUGGCUUAUCUGAACGCAGAGAUGUUUCACAUGAGUGGAAUACUAGCUAUAACAUUCUGCGGUAUCACAAUGAAGAAUUACGUAGAAGCGAAUAUUUCGCACAAAUCGCACACCACCAUCAAGUACACAAUGAAGAUGCUAUCGUCUUCUUCGGAGACCAUCAUCUUUAUGUUCCUGGGAGUGGCCACAGUCAACAACAACCACCACUGGAACACUUGGUUUGUCCUGUUGACAAUCGUCUUCUGCUCAACAUUUCGAAUAAUAGGUGUUUACAUAUUUAGUGCUGUAGCUAAUAAAUUUCGUUUGCACAAACUCAACACGGUCGAAAAGUUUGUGAUGUCCUACGGGGGACUUCGAGGUGCAGUAGCGUUUGCAUUGGUGCUAUUAAUAGAUCCUGAAGUGGUAAAGCUUCAGCCUAUGUUCGUCACAACGACGAUAGCGGUGAUUUACUUCACGGUCUUCAUCCAGGGUAUCACGAUCAAGCCCCUGGUGAAGAUCUUGAAUGUAAAGACGGCGGAGAAGAGGAAACCGACAAUGAAUGAAAGAAUACACGAAAGGUUUAUGGACCACUUGAUGGCAGGUAUAGAGGAUAUUUUAGGUAAACAUGGUAAUCAUCAUAUAAGGGAUAAGUUCAAGAGAUUUGAUAAUCGAUUUAUAAGACCGUUUUUGUUAAGGAACUAUCAGGGAGCAGAGCCAAAGAUUUUGGAAACUUAUUCGAAAUUAGCAAUGAAAGAUGCCAUAGAAUAUAUGCAAAGGAAUGCAUCUACUAUUGGAAAUAUAUCCACGGCCGAGUCAAUGUCGGCGAUUUUCAAAAAUUACACUAACGCUAAUUUUAAUGGAAGCCCAAGUUUCAGUCAACUUGAUUCAUCUACAUGGAAUAUAGAUAUGCAAGAACUUGAGUAUAAUCCAUCGAAGAAAGACUUGACUGAUGCAAAAAUUCAUCAUCUUCUUGCUGAAGAAUUGUGUAAACCGUUCCGUCGUCACCGUCGCCUAAGCUACAGUAGGCAUGCAGUGAACGAUCGUGAUUUAGGCAUACAAUUAAACUACAAGACGCACAUGAAUAUACGACGACGUGUUGGUGACAGAAAACACCACCAUAAACGCAGUAAACGAGGGAAGCAGGAAGGCAAAAAUCAUGUCACCUUCCCCGAAUUCCAGCAAAACGGUUCGGCAAAACAGUUCACGCACGAUUAUAUCGACGAAGUACUCCAAGAAGACUGUGACGAAAGGGAGCCGAGACGAGAAGGUGACGACGGCGGUAUAACUUUCACUGCAAAAUCCCUGCCGGGAUACAAAGAAGUCAGUCCAACGUCCUCGCAUAAAGAAAAUAGUAGUUCGCUCUUAAACCAGUUGGCUAACCUGCCCGGAUUCAAUCCUUUGAAAGCAAGAAUAGUAAAGCAAUACGCUAAAACGCCAGAAGAGAUUCUGCCGACAGCUGUUGAGAAAUCUUUACCGUGGAGAAGGGACAGAUCCACGUAUAACUUUGUACCCAAUGACGAUAUUCUAGAAGAGGACGAAAGGAGAAUGUCCGAUGAUAAUGACACAUACAUGACAAUCACCGAACACGGGCGCGUGGCCACUCCCACAGCUACGGAGACGAUGUUGCCAUGGAAACGGGAGGAGGCCGAGGGCGCUGGGGCGCUCAAACAAUCCGAGUUCCCAGCGUGGGCCUCGAACAAGGAGUACCUGGCCUAUAGUUCACCAUCAGCCACGUUUCUGGGUGGUAUAGAAAAGCCAAAACAUCCGAAAUCUAUCAUAGGUCUCUUUCGGAGAGAGAGCUCUAGUUCAACGCAGGGUGCGGGGGAGGCGGUCGCUUCAGACUCGGAGGGGAAAGGGGAGGGUAGUUUGAAGGGGGAGGCAACGCAGCCGAGACAAGGGCCUAGUAUGCUGUCUAAGAGAAGCACUAGCCUUGGGGGACCCUCGGUUCUCCUGAUGGAGGACGUGGCGCAUUCGGACCCACUCGGCGCUUCGACCAGGCCUGCUAGCAUUAUGCAGGGCCCGCAUCGUGGACAGUGUAGAAGAGGAUCCAUGCUAGAGCUCACGGGAUCGUUAUCACGAGACGCCAUAACUGAGGAGAAAUGCAGCAAAUCCCUGCCCGAGAGCGAACGGAUGGGUGUGCGUCGAUUGCCUUUAGGUCAACAGAGCUUACCGCGAGAGCCUUUCAUAAGGCAACUCACCAUGGCAUCUACACUUCUCACCAGUUCAUCCUCCGAUGACUCAUCCGAUGAGAACACCUGAAAACCCCGCCGUGGUGACCCUGAUAGGUUGCCACUUUUAAAAUACCGGACACUAGAAUAGGCCCCAGCCCCAUUUUUAAACCGACUUCCAAAUCAAAUAGAAGGAGGUUAUUUAUUCGACUGCAUUUUAUUACAAAAGGCGCGCUUACACGUACGGAUAAACUGAAACGGUAGACUGAAAUGAUUUGAGUGGAUAACGUGAAAGUUGAAUUGGACAAACACUUUCUAAACAGUGCUGUGAAUUUGUGGUGUAGCUAUAUAAAGAAAAGUAAGAUUUGAUAAUAAAGUGGCUUAACGUACGUUAGUUGAAUAAAUUAAGAUAUUAUUCUAUAUUUUGGCUUACGUUUUAAAGACAUCAUGAUCAAACAAAAUGUAUUGGAUUAAUGGACCUGGAAAAAAUUACUAUGGACGAACAUUUAAAUGGUCUACCUAGAUGACCUGGCUUAUUUGUCGACUUAAAAUAUUUUAUGUAACGUUAGGUAGCGUGUUUUUGAAAAUCUCUGUAUUUCUGCGAGACUAUUUAACAGCUUUAUUUAGGAUUAGAGGACUUUGGUAAAAUUUAUUUUGUAAAUCAAUCAAACUCAAAUAAAUUAUAUUUUUCCCCGUUUUGUACUAAUGUAAUCCAUUAUUUUUAUCUCAUAUAGGUAAAAAUGCUCUUGUAGAAUCUAUAGUAUUUUUUGUUAACUUAUCUAUCACAAAAUGUAUAAAAUUAUCGACUUUAGAUGUGAGGAUUGUUUGUAAAAAGAUUCCUAAAGCUAUCUUUUCAUUACCUAUUCUGUAUGUACAACUAUUUUUCUACUCCUGUAAAUACUGUUUUCUUAAUGCUAUUGCAAGUAAAAUGGGACAAUGAUUUUUUACUUAGAAUAACAUUUACUUAUAGGGAUGAUGACUAACUUUUUUUUAUUGGUCCAUGGGGUAGAUAGUCAAUAAGAAUUGGACCCAUUUUUUGACAUAAUCAAAAAAUUACAGAGUUAUUUUGAUUUGAAAUGUUGCAUGCGGUAACUUGGUAAAUUUUUACUUGGAAGUGACGUCAUUAAACCCCACACCCAAACUUUGACGCGCUUUGUCUGUAGAUUUUUUGGUGGAUUGAGAAAAAAAGUGUCCAUUAUUUUUUAACUGACAGACUAAAUACAGUUUAUUUUACCCCAUCAUCAUCCCUAUUGAUUAUUAUUUCGAAUUAAACCAAUGUUCGAGCACAUUAUGACUGGUAGCAGUGUUUUAAUUCAUUUCAUUUUCACUAAGUCAUAACUGGAUUCUUAAGCAAAUUUUCAAUGUAAGACCUAAAUUCCUUUUCGGUAUACGAACCACGCCAUAGCUAAGUAUAACUUUUCCCAAAAAGGUACCCCGCGGAUUAGAUAAAUAACUUUGUGUAUUGUAUGGGUUACCCAUUAAAACCGACUCUUACGACCGAAGACACUGUGAUGGAAGUUGAUCUCAGUAUAAGUUUUAUGUCAGCUUCUUUCAAAUUAACGACACUGUAUGUAAUAAAACAGGGAGCAAAAAGAAGCCCUUUCUGAGUUUCUUUACGGGUUUUCUCAGUACAAGGUCUCCCGCCGAAGAUUUGCGAACCGAUGCGUGGCGUAGCUUUCGACUUUCACAUGUGCUUGUAGAAGCUUGAACUGAAUAAAUGAAUAUUGAAUUUCAAAAAAUAAUAAUUUCAACUGUAUAUAUUGGAAACGGGAUUUUCAAGAUACGUUGACGUUGAAAUAAGCAUACAUAAGUACUUAUUUGCUAUUACGAUUAUUGUUAGAUAAAGUUUGAUGCCAAUAACUGCAACCCGUCCUAAUGUGUUAUGAUUUUAAAGGCACUUCUUGCCAAUGACAAUACUAUAAAUAUCAAGUGUAGGUUCAAUGUAUAGUCCUGCAAUUACAUUAAUGUAUUAUACUGUACAGCAGAUUUUACUGUACAUUAAUGUAGUUAAAGAAAUUAGGUGUAGGAUAGGUUUGUCUUUGUUGGUGUUUUAUAUUAUAACUAGCUGACCCAGCGAACUUCGUACCGCCCUAAAAAAAUAGGGGUUGUCCAGCGGACAAAAUUGUGAAUCUAAACCAUUCUCAGAUCCCCUUGAACACACACAAAAAAUUUCAUCAAAAUCGGUCCAGUCGUUUAAGAGAAGUUCAGUGACAUACACACUCACAGAAGAAUUAUAUAUAUAAAGAUAUUAAAUUGAACGUCGACGGAGAAUAUUUUGUUCAUAUUUCAACCAAAAACAAGUAUUUUCUUAAAUAGCGCAUUACAACAAUAUCGUUGAGCUCAUUAGGACAGUUAAUUUGGAUUUAUUGCCAAAAUUAUUUAUAUCAUAUUAAUUAUGUAGUUAAUUAUCAAUCAAUCAUGUGAUUUCACUUCAUAAUAGUGUAUAGCAAAGUAUCGUUGAG